GUCAAAUUCCAAUCUUUAAUCUUCAACCUUCAAUUUUCAAUGCGUAGUCUGAUACGGGCUUUAGUGUAUUGGAAAUGACCAAUGAUGUUUAGAAAAGCUGGAACCGAGCACGUUUUUGAAAUUGUUUUAUCAUAUCUGUCACAGAUUUGGAAACCCUUGAAAGAAAGAGAAAAACAUUUGUCUCGAGAAAUAUAUACAUCUACAAAAAUAUAUAUUUAUUUAUUUUGAUAAAUUUCUAUUGCAAUUUCAGUUGUGCUAUUAUCUGUUUUAAAUAUGGCAAUCGAUUUAGGAUUUGUGCAGACAUGCGAAUCGUGGCGAUUGACAAGUAGAUUCUUUCCUAGUAAAGUAGGCGGUAAGCCGGCCUGGCUCGACUUGAAAAAUAUUCCUGGUAAAAGUGAUCUAGAAUGCGAGUAUUGCAACAAUGUUUGCGUAUUUCUGUGUCAAAUUUACGCACCAUAUGAAGAAAACGAUGAUGCGUUUCACAGAACCAUAUAUAUUUUCAUAUGUAAGAACAUAGAUUGUUGCAGACCAAACCAAAAUGGAAAUUUGAAAGUUUUUCGAUCGCAGUUGAGUAGAAUCAAUACUUUUUAUCCGUCUGAACCGCCCGUCGAGGAGAAGAACUGGAGGACAGACAUUGAUGUAUCACAAUGGAUUAAAACAUGUUAUAUAUGUGGAAUUGCAGCACCGAGUCACUGUGGCAAAUGUAAAGUCGUCAAUUAUUGCUGUCGUGUACAUCAAAUAUAUGACUGGAAGAAUGGACAUAAAUAUAUAUGUGGUACUGAAGCAAAUAAUAACAAUAAUUUCUUGUUUCCCGAAUACGAAAUUGUAAUAGAGAGUGAUGAUUUGACGAAAGAUAUUGAGCAAGAUGAUGUUGAAAGCGAACAGAAGGAGAUUGAAAAGUAUAAUACUAUGAUUCAAAAUGGCAAAGCUGGAAGUCUUCAGCAUGAAGAUGUUAAUGACGAUUUAUUACAGAUAGCUAGCGAUGAAAAAGAUGAAAUGUUUACAGAGUUUCGUAUGAGAACAGAUAAUUAUCCAGAUCAGAUUUUAAGAUAUGAUAGAGGAGGAAAAGUUCUGUACAUAUCACAAUAUAAUCAAAUAACAGAUAUACCAAAAUGUCCAGAAUGCAAUGGCAAUAGACAAUUUGAAUUUCAAAUAAUGCCACAGCUAUUAAAUUUCCUAGGUUUGAAAGACAUUGUCAAAUGUCUUGAUUGGGGGAUAUUGGCAGUUUUCACAUGCCAACAAUCUUGUAUACCUAAUGGUAAAUAUAUAAGAGAAUAUAUAUGGAAGCAAGAUAUUGUAUGAAAAUAAACUGAUUCAAAAAUAAAUUAGAACACAUGAAUGUAUUCGCCUUGCUCGCCGUGCAUUUAGUAUACAUUUAAAAAGUUUUUUUUUUAAAUGUUACACAUCUUAUACUUUAUACAUGAAUUGUAUAUGAAUUGGUGUAUUAUCAAAAGUUAAUUUCUUAGUAGAAUAAAUCACAAUGUUAUAAAAAUGGGACAAUAAAAUAAACAUUAAUUAACAAA